UGGCGUUUCCCGGGAAAUCCGAUUACUGUGCCACGCUUGUUGCAGAAAGCGGGCUGCCGGUGGUCACCCGGACAGAUCCGGCUUCCAAACUUUUGGGAAUGCUGCUUCUGGGAGCUGCAGCUUGCUUAUUUCGGUGACCUUUUCUUACCGUGUUUGUUCUGAAAGCUGCUGAAGCCCCGCCGGAUUCCAGAGCCAUGGAGGUAGCGAUGGAUAAGGACCUGCAACAGGACGCCAGCCUCGACAAGAGGCGGUACAAGGAGCUGUGCAGGCAGGGACGGCUCUUCAACGCCAGGAACAGGAUUAUUGGGGGAGACACACAAGCCUGGGAUGUCCAAGUUCACGACCAGAAGAUAAAAGAAGCAACUGAAAAAGCUAGGCAUGAAACUUUUGCUGCUGAAAUGAAGCACAAUGACAAAGUCAUGUGCAUACUCCAUGACCGCGAACGGAGGGACAGGAAACAACUCUGUCGCGCUAUCAAUGACUUCCAGCAGAGCUUUCAGAAGCCAGAAACUCGCCGUGAGUUCGAUCUCUCGGACCCCCUGGCUCUCAAGAAAGAUCUCCCAGCCCGGGUGUCAGACAGUGACAUGAGGAACACCAUAUCAGGAAUGCAGAAGUUCAUGGGAGAGGAUUUAAACUUCCAUGAGAGGAAGAGGUUCCAACAGGAGCAGAACAGAGAAUGGGCCCUGCAACAGCACAGAGAGUGGGAGAGAGCGCGGGCUGACCACAAGCUUGCAGAGGACUUCCACCUGCAGACAAGACUCAAAUUCGAUGAAACAGCCAGAGACUUGCAGAAGCUAGAAGGCUUGACCAGGAAGGAAGUCUGUGCAGCCAUGAAAGAGUUCAACAAGAACCAGGUUAUGGAGUUGGCAGAGCGGAAGAGGCAACAAAAGCAGCAAGAGCAAGAGGACAACAUGACUGAGAUCACCAACCUGCUGCACGGGGACCUGCUCUCUGAGAACCCACAGCAGGCAGCCAGCUCCUUUGGGCCUCACCGUGUAAUCCCUGACCGCUGGAAGGGCAUGAGCAAGGAACAGCUGGAGGAGAUUCGCUUCACUCAGAAGCAACAGAUCCAGGAGAAGCUGAGGCUUCAGGAGGAAGAAUGCCAGCGCAACAUGGACUGGGACCGACGCAGGAUCCAGAAGGCUCGCGCCAGCCUACUGCAUGAGCGUCAGCAGCAACGCUUGCAGCGGGAACUGCGCAGGGCCCUGGACUGCAGCAACCUCAGCCUGGCCAAGGAGCAGCAUUUACAGAAAAAACGAAUGAAUGAAGCCUCCACAAGUCAACCCACAGAAGAUUAUUUCUCACAGUUUAAUACAAGAAGCCGCUAAUGGGAAAGACUCCUCUUUUCUUGUUUAUAGUAGUGUGGUCCUCUCAGAGUCACACUUAUUUCAGAGUGACCCUGCUCCUUGGUCUGAACACCCCCAUCACUUUCAUCACUGGGGAGUGUGCACUCUGGAAGCUCUGCUUUGUGAAGACCGCUAGUGCAGCUUUGGGUGCUGUGGCCUUAAGGCAUGGCGGAGAGGACACAUCGAGGGCAGGUGUGUGGCUCAAGCUCCGGGUUAGCUGCUACGAUCACUUGGUAGUUCAGUGAGCAUCAUAGUUGUUCUGUGUGUUCCACGAGAUACCCUUUGUUCCAAUCUCACCCCCAGAGGCUGCCGGUACCUCC